AUGACGCCCCUUCUCAUGACGCCUACAGAGAUUUUACGUUUAAUAUUUGCGUCCCUAUCGAACGGCGAUCUUGCCGCGGUAUGCCUAACGCAUAGGGACUUGCGAUCUCCUGCUGAGCCAUUUCUCUACGCCCACAUUCAAUGGACAUGGUCAGACUCCCAGAGACCUCCAAUUGCUCAAUUCUUGCGAAGCAUUGUCCAAAGGCCCGAGCUCGCCAGUUAUGUCUAUGAUGUGGUCCUCAAUGGUGACAGUCUCGAUGGAGGCAUUCAUGACUCCGGAAACGAAAAUCCCAAAAUACCAGUCACCAGCGUUGUAUUAGAUGAGCUAGUGGGGUUUAUCGCUCGGAUUAAUGUUCCAUAUGCUGAAGAAUGGAUCCAAGAGCUACACGCCGGAUCGAUGGAUGCGUUCACCACUCUUUUGAUAUCACAACUCCUCAAUUUGAAACGUCUCUUCCUUGACAAAAAUUAUAACCGAGAGACUCGUCUCAGGGGCAUGAUGCUCCGCUCGGCCCUCUGCGAGGAGUCCACCAAUAGCUAUCUUUCUUCCUACAGAUAUCUUGAAGAUGUGUCAGCGGAGUUUCCUUGCCUUCCUUUUGACAUACGCCAGAAAACAGACACUAGGAACACGCGGGACAUCCUUCCUCUUUUUUACCUUCCAUCAGUUAAACGAAUAAGGGCUUUGGUCGAUAACCCCGCGACUUUCGCAUGGACCGGAAAGAAUCCACCAAAUCCAUGGGGACUAAUAUCGCUCGACUUAACUAUGUUACGCGAAAGGCAUCUUGGCCAAGUAUUAUCAGUCACACCGAGGCUUCAGAAGCUUAUAUGGGACUGGUACUACCGCCCAGAUCUUCGAGAUGAUUCUGUCACCGAUAUCAUCGAUUUAGACCAAAUCGCCACGGGUCUAUCUCAUGUUCAAGAGACUUUGACAGACCUAACUAUCACAGCAGGAUCAAAUGGCUACAAAGCGGAUAUUGAAGAACCAGAACUCCAAUUCAGUGGAUCGUUCAAGGUCUUUAGUGAACUUUAUACCCUGAAAAGGUUGGAGGUCCCGAUUCCAUUUCUGCUCGGAUUUUUUCCCUCGAUUUCCAAAGCGAAUUUUCUGGCUGUUGCACUACCUAAAAGUCUUAUAUGGCUGACUUUGACUGACGGCUUAUGUAUGCAAGAACAAUGGGAAUGGGAAUGGAAGACUGACUAUUUAUUGGAGGUUAUUCGAUCCUGGCUUCAAAAUUGGAAGAGAUACACACCUAAUCUCCAGGGAUUUUGCCUGUUAGGGAGUGUGAUGAAAGCGCGGGACUGGAAACCUGACAUGAUACAGGGAUUAAGAGAUUUAGGAGCUCAGUCAGGGAUCGAGGUUCAAAUAACUGACUCCAAAACCAAGUGGGCAGGGCACAUGUAA